UACGACAAUACAUACAUACAUAUAUCGAUAUAAAUAAGCAGCCACUGAAUACUAAAAUCCGAUUGCAACACUACAUUCUUUGCUUCUCUCUUUAUUAAAGUCUCAACACCUACCAUACCAGAAAAAACCCAGAAUAGUAGAACAUCAACGAAAAUGGUCAAAGUCCUCGUCCUAAGCGCAACCGGGAAACAAGGCAGCACCGUCGUGCGCGCCCUCCUAUCCCCGGAAUUCCAAACCUCAGGACCAAAUAGCGUGCGCGCAUACGUCCGUGACGCCUCCUCCGAAAAGGCUAAAGCACUAUCCGCGCUCGGCGCUGAGCUCGUCGAGGGUGGGAACUGGGACUCUGAUGUCGCUAGCUUGGACCGAGCUUUCGCUGGAGGGAUUGAAGCUGUGUUCUUCGUGAGCAUCCCGUCGUUUACGGAUUUCGAUGCUGAGAACCGUGGCGCUACGAAUGUGAUUGAGGCCGCAAAGCGCGCGGGGACGGUGAAGCAUGUUGUGUAUAGUAAUGUGUAUGGCGCGGAGAAUUACAAGGAGUUGCCUGGGUGGGAUGCUAGUCCCGUUUUUGCGAAUUAUUGGAUCGCUAAGGCUAAGAGCGAGGAGCUGGUUAAGAACGCAGGCUUCCCGCAUUACACGAUUCUGAGGCCGGCGGAAUUCAUGUCGAAUUACACGGGUUCGACGGCGUCGAUUCAGAUUCCUGACCUGGUUAAAGAAGGCGUGUGGCACACUCCCUUCUCGCCUUCCUUCUCCCUCUCCCUAAUCGAUGAACACGACAUCGGUCGGACCACCGCAGCCUCCAUCAUCUCCCCAUCUACAUUUCCCGCCUCCGAAUCCGGUCCUAGCCACGAACUUAAUCUCAUCGGCGAGCGUAUAACUGUCGGCGAAGUAUUAAAGCACUUAUCCGCGGCUGCAGGCAAGGACCUGAAAAUCAGCACCUUGACCCCAGAGGAAGCUGUCAAGGUCGCUGAGCAGAAUCCCAUUGUCGCCGGCCAGGUGCUCAGAAUUAAGGCAUUUGAAAAGGGUGCCACGGGUGUUGCGCCCGCUGAGAGUUUCGGGUUGGGGUUCAGGACUUUCGAAGAACAUACAAAGGUGCGGAGCGAGGAAAUUAAGGAAGUGUAUAAGAACACGCCUUAGGUUGGUGAAAAUGAAUGGCUGUAAGUAGGCCAUUUAUAUGACGAAUGAUUGAGGUGUUGGUAUAUCACAUUGCCAAUAACACCAAUAGGUAUAACUCAAAAGUCGAAUAUACUAUAUAUAUUCCUACU